CUGUUUGCCAUCUUUGCUUUCACCUAGUCAGAGGAUGGGAACUACAUGUACACUGUACGUGUGUAUUCACACCAGAAGUGACGGCGGCUUUUUCAACCUUGCCCACCUGAGAGCAAAGACCAAACUGGAGGCAGUACUUCCCUGAAAACAGCUCUCUGCAGAUGAUGGAACAUUAGUAGCACACACAUACAAGAGGGACUACAGUGACUUUUGUUGCGCAUGCUUGCAAGGAGUUUGGUCUUCUGAUCAGUCUAUAAAAUACCAACAUCAUGGGGCAAGAUGUCAACUCCAUUCCCAACACCUAAAUUGGUUACAACACGUGAGGGGUCAUAGACAAUUUCAUCUGUAUGUACCUGAACCUUAGUUCAUCCAUUUUGAGCAACCUCGCUCUAGACGCUGAGCUGAGCUCCUGUGCAGGCAGAUCAUAAACAGCUAUGGCCCGCCUACCAAGAGGGUUUGGGACCACUCCAUGCUUACCACCAAUACCAAGAUGCAGGUGUUCUGGGCCUGCAUUCAUAGCACUCUUCUUUACAGCAGCGAGGUGUGGACCUGUAUGUAAUACUCCUGUCAAGAAUGCAGACUCAAUGCUUUCUGAAUCUCAGUCUGAGAAGGAAACUUGAUAUCACCCGGGCAGGACUGUGUGCCUAACAAGAAAGAGAAAAAGAGAGAAACAAGAUGGAAGCAGGAUGUCAGAGCAGUAACCCUGGCUGGCGAGCAACAGAGAGAGAGACCAGCUGGAAGCAGGCUGUCAGAGCAGUAACCCUGACUGGCGAGCAACAGAGAGAGACCAGCUGGAAGCAGACUGUCAGAGCAGUAACCCUGGCUGGUGAGCAACAGAGAGUGACCAGCUGGAAGCAGGCAGUCAGAGCAGUAACCCUGGCUGGCGAGCAACAGAGAGUGACCAGCUGGAAGCAGGCUGUCAAAGCAGUAACCCUGGCUGGCGAGCAACAGAGAGUGACCAGCUGGAAGCAGGCAGUCAGAGCAGUAACCCUGGCUGGCGAGCAACAGAGAGAGACCAGCUGGAAACAGGCAGUCAGAGCAGUAACCCUGGCUGGCGAGCAACAGAGAGUGACCAGCUGGAAGCAGGCUCUCAAAGCAGUAACCCUGGCUGGCGAGCAACAGAGGGAGGCCAGGUGGAAGAACAAGAGGAGACACAGACACCAGCAGUGCUUUAGCUCCUAUGAACCCAGGCACAGGCUUCACUUGUAGAAUUUGCAAUAGAGCCUGCCUUUUGAGGAUUGGCCAGUUCAGCCACAGCAUGUGCUUCAAGUCAACCACUAAUUGACCAACUCAGGCUACAUUCAGACAUUUUAAAUUCACUUAAAAUAGUGGUUACAGUACACCCGAUUUGGUGUAACGUUUGCAUUGAAAUGAUGUCUGGAUGCUUUCCAAGUUACACCACCAUCAGUUUUAUUUCAGAGUUAAAAAUGGGGAUUUAAUCCACAUCAGAGGGAGGGUUUAGCAUUGAACCAAAAUGGUUUUUGCUGAAAUGCAUCCAGUAUUAGCCAGCGCAUUGACCUAGAGUUACGUAACAGCUUUUCUUUGGUUCGCUUUUGUUAUAAACAAUGAGGCAUACAAUGUAACCGAAUGCUGAACGACCCGUGCAAUGCUAUCAUCUUACAAAACUGCCAUGACAACAUAGAAAAAAGCGGUCACUCUUGCCCGCCUCUCCGUGUUGUAUUAACUAGAACUGCCGCUGUAAACGGGAAAAAGCGACACAUUUUGUUGUAUUGCCCAUCUAAGGAUGCCUGAGACUGGUAAUACAUGUAUGUCUGUAAGGCUGUAGACUGCUGAUGAGCAUUUUUCUAGGGCAACCGUCAUUUGUUGCAUCGCAAUGAUAUAUGAACAAGUGUCUCCCGAUAGAGAACCAUGUUGCAAACACAAACGCUCGUACCCGGGUGACAAUCAGCAUGUUUUUACAUGUCUGAACGUAGCCUCAGGUGCAGCUCCAUUGUCUUCCGAGACUGACGGAUGCCAACAAGUGUUUAGUGGUUAGGCAGUGAUCUUUUCCACAUGUGUCGUGCAGCACAAUCCAAUUUCUUGUUGGAGGCUAUGCAAGGGGAAGCUGGAGUGCGGGAACUGUGUGAUGUGCUAACCCUGGUGCCUUCUCCAGUAUUGAUACAAACCAGAUUGUUAUUGAUGUCAUCAAUAAUUUAUCCGUUGUGGUCAAGUUUAGAGUUGCCACACAGGAGGUUAAGACAGUUGAAAUCACGACCAACAAUGUAAGGCUUGCUGGUACAUGUACAUUCAAUGAUCUGAUUUGGAAUUUCACAGAAGUGUUGGAACCUGUUUGUACUUGACAGCAACACCAUACCGGGUACUUUGUCAUGAAAGCACACCCACCACCACUUGUUAGUAUUGUUUCUAUCAUGUCAAUAGACAUGACAACCAUUUUUUUAUCAUCUUUUCGCCACAUUUCUUGGAUGUAAAUAAUAUCUGGUUUAGUGGUCCAAGAAUGGAUCUAUAGCUUUGUUAAAUUCUUUGUAGUGGGCUAUGAGAGAUUGUGCAUUCCAUUGUAAAAUAAUUCAACCUGUGAUAAUUAGGUAAAUAUUCAUGAUGAUGUGUUUGGAUUGCCUUAGGGGAAUGACUUGCAUUUUGCUAGGUAUACUACAUGUACAUGUAUGUAGUUGCUUGUGUUCCCAUCUUCAUUUGGUGUGAUUUCGGCAUUUUCGGUUUUCCUUGCACCAGUUAGAGACUGCGAUGCUAUUCUAUGUUUUUUAUGUAGUCUAGAUACCUCAGGUCUAGUUUGAAGGUGAUCAGUUACAGAUUUCUGCAGCUGUUCUCUGGUCAUGUAUCAUUGAUAGUAUCUCAGAUUUGCAUUACUCUGGUGAAGUGAGUAGUUCUAAGAUGUUUAGCUCACUACAGAGGCACUGGUGUCUGGGGUCUAUUUGCGCAGCUGUCCUGUCUUCAGUUUGAGUAGUGGCAUCCUUUUGUUGUUUGGCAGGUGUUGUGGUUUGGGAUUAUAUCAAGCAUAUACGUUGUAUGAUACUCUGAUGUUUUGUAUUCCUCUUUCCUGUUAGAUAGUUUUGCACCCACAGUGAGCCAAUGCACUUUAAGUGUUGUUCCCCACAGUUGCAGCCUUUAACCUGAUCUUUUUGUCAACAUUUCUCAUACAAAUGGAAUCUUCCACAUCAGACACACCUCGUUGGACUGCAUCAGUUACUGGCAAUAUGACCAAGUUGUUGGCAGUUGAAGUUUCAUAUUACAGGUGAAAUGAUGGGCUAACUCAAAAGUUUUCAUAUCCCAGUUGGAAUGUGCUUCGUACCUUAGGGUGGGUACACUGAAGAUUAGGCAGACAAAGACUUUUUACUAGUUGACUGUAUGUUCUGCCCAACAGGGGUUUAACCUCUGAACUCUCAGUUUCUGGCAGGCUUCUGGUAUUCCAUUGGGAUUCCAGUGACAACUGCCUUGCUUUGGGUUUUUGAUUUAGCAAAUUUGGCAGUUGAGGCCCAUUGGUCAUGUUGCCACAUGGCUUUUAGAUUUCUUGCCUGGGCCGGAGUAUGACAUCUAGCGGUAAUACCCCUGUGGUCAAUCUUGGACAUGCUUCUCACAAAAUUACCAAUAAGGCUUUUCAGACCUUUGGCUAUUUCUGAUCGGAUUAACUUUAGCAAGUUUGACAUCAGGGAAGUUUGACAUCAGGGAAAUUGAUGAUGACUAGUGUACAGGUACAUGUAGGUUACCUCUUGGUAUUUUGGCUCCAGGUAAAGUGACAUACAUGUAUAUGUACAGGUAGGUUGGGAGUUUUGUGGAGGUCUGAGUCCAUGUAGAUAUCACUGUAUGAUGUGUUUUGGUCAUUUACGGCUUUUAAUUUGAGAUUGUGAUUCAUACUGAGCUUGACUGAUCAAUCUGUCUAGUGUUGAUCAUUGUAAUUCAGAGGGUAAUUAGGGGAUAUUGGUUGGUCCCAUCAGGUCUCUGAUUCCAUUUCAUCUUCCAUUUUGAGCUUUGUUUAGUCCUAAAUGGGCCUAGAAAAUGGGAAUAUCAAUAUUAUUAAUACCACAUGAUUUUCAGAUAUCUUGCCAAAAGGAUCAAAAGGAGAGGAAGGGUUGUCACUGGGUGAGGAAGGGUUGUCACUGGGUGACAGAUUAAACAUUUGUCAUGCACUCUAGAGUAUCCAGUGGUUAUGUCUGAUCAUGGCGAGACCAUAUGUCAUCUCCCAGAAGGAUUCACUUCACCAGUCCCUGUAACUCACGUCAAAAGGUUUAACAAUGUACAUCUCUCACUGUUUUUUGAUGCUGUUUUUUCAAAGUGGCACCCAAUGGGAUUAUUUUUGUUUCUGCCUGACAUGGGUUGUCUUUAAAAGUAGUGUACUAAGAUACCGGGUACUGUCAUUGUUGAUACUGGGAUUCCCAGAAAAUUUGAACUUACUGCUGGGGAUUUUCCAUGCUGUGACUUGUACUAAUAGCACUUUCCCUGAGAAAAUUUAAUUGUAAAGUACAUAACGGCAAUUUCCUUCAGGGUGACAUCAUAUGCAGCAGUGUUUUUUGUCAAAGGUGCAUAUCAUUACUAAUUUUUGAGAAUUGUUUUCUGAAAAUUUCUGAGUACUGAAUUAUUGUUAUCAGGUAAUUGGUAUAGAAACCUGAAAACUCCUUGUUGAUGGGAUUUUCAGGGGGUGUGGUACAUGUAGUAUUUCUGAAAAUGUU